AUGAGUAUUAUUUUCACUGCAGAAGAAGGGUGGAUUAUAUCCCAUUUGCAAUACCUUAAUGAUACUUAUAAAAACGUAAAGGAUUCCAAUAUGCAGUGCAAGCUAAUUUUUAAUGAGACGUUAUUCGAAAUAAAUUCUCAGUAUUUACGUGAAAAUCAAACAACUCGAUCCGUUAGAUAUGAAGAAAACCAGUUACAAAGUAAAUGUAAAAAAAGAAAAAGAUCAAAACUUUUGCCAGAAGAAGAUUUGAAAGAGAUCAAUUGUGUUAAACAAACAUUUAACCGAAUGAUUUCAUCCGCAAAAACAGAAGGUUUUUUUGUGUCCAAUGUAACACCUAAUAAUAAUGAGGCAGCACGCUUGGUAUCUCAGCAAUUUUAUCAGGAUACAUUUUCUGUGGAAGAAGAAUACUUUUAUGGUUGCAAUGAUACAAAUGUAGCCGUUAUUUCAAGAACAAAAGAAAAAAAAUAUGUUUUCCCAAAGAAAUGUAGUUUUUAUUGUUAUGAUGUGCAAGAUAUUACCAAGAAAUUAGAACUAAACAAUCAAUAUGAUUUUAUAUUGUUGGAUCCUCCUUGGUGGAACAAGUCUAUAAGAAGGAAAAAAACCAGAUAUCUAGAAGCUAGUUAUAAAAUGAUGUAUAACGAGGAGUUAGCCAAGAUACCAAUUGGGAAGUUAUUACGUUCAAAUGGACUUGUAGCAAUAUGGUGCACCAAUGCUCCCAGUCAUCUUCAUAGUAUUUUUAACAAUAUAUUCCCAUCAUGGGGUAUUACAUAUAGGGCAAAGUGGUAUUGGAUAAAAGUCACUCAAGCAGGGAAUACAAUAUGUAACUUCAAUUUAACACUUGGGAAACAGCCUUAUGAAUUGCUAGUGUUAGGAUCUGUAUUAAAUGGUGAUGAAAUAAAAAUUCCAGAUGAAAAAAUAAUAAUAAGUGUUCCGAGUGCAGUACAUUCUCACAAACCACCACUUACAGAAGUUAUGAAAGGAUAUCUUCCAAAUGAACCAAAGUGUUUAGAAAUAUUUGCAAGAUACUUACUUCCUAAGUGGACAAGUUGGGGUCUUGAAGUUCUGAAGUUUCAACACACGUCACUCUAUACAGUCGUAGAAGAAGCACAAGAAAUUCAAGAUAAUAAUAAAAUAGAUGUAAAUAGAUUGAUUAGUUAA